UCCCCACCCCUCUCACCACCAGUCCCCUCCUCCCACCUCCCCCUCCUCCCCUGUGGUCACCAUGACGACCACCCCCACUGCUCGUGAACACCUCCUGGUGGUGAGGAGGCGCAACCCCCACAUGCGCUACACCAUCAGCCCCGAAAGCCUGCGCUCCCUCUCAGCCCAGGGCGGCGAUGGGGUGGGCCCAAGGGGUCACGGGGGGGAAAGGUCAGCUGGUGAAAGGUCAGGGGUCGGAGGUCAUGGAGAGGGUCAUGGCGGCGGGCUACAAAGGGCCAAUAGCGACACGGACCUGGUGACCUCGGAGAGCAGGUCAUCGCUGACUGCGUCGACAUACGAGUUCACGAUGGGGCGGGGCCAAAACCUGGUCAUCAACUGGGACAUCAAGGAGGAAGUGGACGCCACGGACUGGAUCGGACUCUACCACAUCGAUGAGACGUGUCCUGCCAACGUGUGGGACUCUAAGAACCGCGGGGUGAACGGCACCCAGAGAGGACAGAUCAUCUGGAUGCUGGAGCCUGGGCCUUACUUCAUGGAGCCUGAGACUAAGAUCAGCUUUAAGUACUACCAUGGAGUGAGUGGUGCCUUGAGAGCAACAACCCCCUGCAUCACCGUCAAGAACCCAGGAGUUCCUGUUAGAGCUGAGGGUCAAGCUGAGGGCCAAUCAGUGACAGAGAACUGUCGGAAACUCGUCAGCUUCACUUUAUCAGAUAUCCGUGCAUUGGGUCUGAAGAAGGGGAUGUUCUUUAACCCUGACCCCUACCUGAAGAUGUCCAUCCACCCUGGGAAGAGGAGUGGCUUCCCCACCUUCACACACCACGGACAGGAGAGACGCUCCGCCAUCAUAUCUAACACGACCAACCCUGUCUGGCCCGGAGAGAAGUACACGUUUGUGGCUCUGAUGACAGAUGUCUUGGAGAUCGAGGUAAAGGAUAAGUUUUCUAAAAGCCGACCAAUCAUCAAGCGCUUCCUGGGUCAGCUGACCAUCCCAGUGCAGAGGCUGCUAGAGAGGCCAAAUGCAGAGGACCAGCCGCUAAGCUACACCCUGUGUCGUCGUCUACCCACGGACCAUGUGAGCGGCCAGCUGCAGUUCAGAGUGGACAUGACCUCUGGACAUGACGAGGGCUCUCCUGAUGCCUUGGGUUCCAUCUUGGGUUUGUCAGUGAACGGGGACCCUGGGAGCCCCUCUGACGAUGAAGACCUCCCCCACCCUUCCUCCAGGGCCCGGGGCCCUUCUCCUACGGGGUCCGACUCCUCUCUGCUCAACGGAGAGGUCCACAGGGUUGGAGACGAUGUCUGGAGUGACGCCCGGGGGGCGGUGGGCGAGCUACACGUCCUAGGAUUGGCCAUCCUGGGCGGCCACACCCAUCGCCAGGUGUCCCUCAACGACUACCUGGAUGCCAUCGAGGCUCCUAAGGGCCCGGGAGAGCGGCCCCUGGGCGCGACGUCACCCAAGCUGAGAUCCAGUUUCCCCACGGACACGCGACUCAGCGCCAUGUUGCAUAUAGAUUCUGAUGAAGACGAGGAGGCGGGGCCGCCCAGGGACCACCCACCACCUGACAGGAAGCCCUUGCUGCCACUGACCAAUGGUGUUCAGGCUGGGGCUGGGGAGGGGGCUGCCUCAUCUGAACAGGGCCUGGGGAAACAAGGGAAAGACGGGACAGAGGCAAAGAGGGGAGAGGCUGAGGGAGCGCAGGGGACAGAAGCUGGGACAGAGAUUGGAGAUGGGGAUGGGGGGAAUUGGGAUGGGGCUGUAUCCAUGGCUGGGGCUGGAGUUGCAGUUGCAGUUGAGGCCAGGACUGGAGCUGGAUCCAUGGCUGUGGUUGGAUCUCUAACUAUAGCCAGACCUGGGGUUGGAGCUGAGGCCAGGCCUGGGUCUAUGGUUGGGCCUGGGGCUGGAGCUGAGGCCAGGCCUGGGUCUAUCGUUGGGCCUGGGGUUGGAGCUGAGGCCAGGCCUGAGUCUAUGGUUGGGCCUGGGGUUGGAGCUGAGGCCAGGCCUGGGUCUAUCGUUGGGCCUGGGGCUGGAGCUGAGGCCAGGCCUGAGUCUGUGGUUGGGCCUGGGGUUGGAGCUGAGGCCAGGCCUGGGUCUAUGGUUGGGCCUGGGGCUGGGGCUCCCCUAUCUCCAAUACCUGAGACGAAUACUGCAGCGCAGGAGGUGUCAGAGGAGGCUGUGGCAGCCAGGACUGAGGCCAGCCAGCAGCCAAUAAUCUCAGGGGCCACAGCAGCUCAGGGGCCCCUCAGGAACUCACUGCCUGCUGUUCUGAAGACAUCUACUACUCAGAAGGGACAGAAGGAAGAGGAAGUGGCGCCCAAGGCUGAGGAGGAAGGGGCGGAGUCAUCCAGUGAAGGAGCAAGUGCCAUCGCAGCCACCCCGACGACCAGUAGCGUUCCCGACCAGGGGGGCGGGGCCUCUGGCUCUGAUGUCACAGGAGCAAGGACCGCCGGCACAGCAGCAGCAGCCAAUGAGGAAGAAGAGGGUGGGGAGAUCUGGCAGAGGAGGCAGAUCAUGCAGGCGUCUGGAGGCGUGUCUCAGGAGGAGGGGGCACGGUCUUCUGAAGCCAGCGGGCCAAUCGACUCUUCUCAGAGUGUCUCUGAGGAUGGCAGAGAACCAGGAGGGGCCACAGCUCAAGUCAACGGUCACCAGUCAGUCCGCUCUCUGCCCUCUGUCCGUCACGAUAUUGGUCGCUACCAGAGAGUAGAUGAGACACUUCCGCCCAACUGGGAGGCCCGUAUAGACAGUCAUGGUCGUGUCUUCUAUGUGGACCAUGUGAACCGCACCACCACCUGGCAGAGACCCACCGCUCCUCCAGCACCACAGGUCCUCCAGAGGUCCAACAGCAUACAGCAGAUGGAACAGCUCAACCGCAGGUAUCAGAGUAUACACAGGACGAUGACCAAUGAGAGAGCAGCAGAAGAGCUGACAGCUCCGCCCGAGGUGCCCACUGAGGACACUGACCUGAUGCACCACACUAUCCCAGAGUAUCGUCGUGAUGGUGUAGUGGCUCCGGAUAGCUCUCGGUCUCGCCUCAGUCUGCUCCUCCAGUCUCCCAGCGCUAAGUUCCUGACCAGCCCAGACUUUUUCACUGUGCUGCAUUCCAACCCUAGUGCCUACCGCAUGUUUACAGGUAACACCUGCCUGAAACACAUGAUCAGUAAGGUGCGUCGGGACACGCAUCACUAUGAGCGCUACCAGCACAACAGAGACCUGGUGGUUUUCCUCAACAUGUUCUCCAACAAACAGCUGGAGCUGCCCCGUGGCUGGGAGCUGAAGCACGACCACACUGGCAAGCCUUUCUUUGUGGACCACAACUGCCGGGCCACUACGUUCAUCGACCCUCGGCUCCCUCUCCAGAGCAGCACACGUCCCAGCGGCCUCCUGGCCCACCGCCAGCACCUGACCAGACAACGCAGCCACAGCGCUGGCGAGGUCAGCCCACAACGCAUGGUGGGGGAGGACCCUCGUCACUCUGGAGGGGGACCUCCCACAAUGCCACGCCCCUCCAGCACCUUCAGCACGGUCAGCCGCACCCAGCACCAAGACGUAGUGCCAGUGGCUUACAACGACAAGAUAGUGGCGUUUCUACGACAACCCAAUAUCUUUGAGAUCCUGCAGGAGAGACAGACAGAGUUUAUCAGGAACCACUCGCUCAGGGAGAAGGUUCAGUUGAUCCGUAAUGAAGGGGCCUCUGGUCUGGCCAGGCUGUCUGGUGAUGCAGACCUAGUUAUCCUCCUCAGCCUGUUUGAAGAGGAAGUGAUGUCAUAUGUUCCGCCUCACGCCUUACUGCACCCCAGCUACUGCCAGUCCCCACGAAGCUCCCCCGUGACCUCCCCACAGAACUCACCUGGAACACAGCGAGCUAAUGCCCGUGCACCUGCCCCCUACAAGCGAGACUUCGAAGCCAAGCUGCGAAACUUCUACCGCAAACUGGAGACCAAGGGCUAUGGCCAGGGCCCAGGGAAGUUAAAGUUGAUCAUCCGUAGGGACCAUCUCCUGGAGGAUGCCUUCAACCAGGUCAUGUGUUACUCCCGUAAAGACCUGCAGAGGAGCAAGCUCUACGUCAGCUUCGUGGGAGAGGAGGGGUUGGACUACAGCGGCCCGUCCAGAGAGUUUUUCUUCCUGGUGUCUAGAGAGCUGUUCAACCCAUACUACGGCCUGUUUGAGUACUCAGCCAAUGACACCUACACCGUUCAGAUCAGCCCCAUGUCUGCCUUUGUAGACAACCAUCACGAGUGGUUCCGUUUCAGCGGGCGUAUCCUGGGCCUGGCUCUGAUCCACCAAUACCUACUGGAUGCCUUCUUCACUAGACCCUUCUACAAGGGCCUGCUGCGCAUCAUAUGUGAGCUGAGUGAUCUGGAGUAUCUGGAUGAGGAAUUCCACCAGAGUCUCCAGUGGAUGAAGGACAACGACAUCGAGGACAUGUUGGACCUCACCUUCACUGUCAAUGAGGAGGUGUUCGGACAGAUCACAGAGAGAGAGCUGAAGCCGGGCGGGGCCAACAUCCCAGUGUCAGAGAGGAAUAAGAAGGAGUACAUUGAGCGCAUGGUGAAGUGGCGUAUUGAGAGAGGAGUGGUUCAACAGACAGAGAGCCUGGUCCGGGGCUUCUAUGAGGUGGUGGAUGCCAGGCUGGUGUCAGUGUUUGAUGCCAGGGAGCUGGAGCUGGUGAUAGCUGGCACCGCUGAGAUAGACCUGGUAGACUGGAGGAGCAACACAGAUUACAGAGGAGGUUACCAUGACAACCACAUAGUGAUCCGUUGGUUCUGGGCGGCGGUGGAGAGAUUCAACAACGAGCAGAGACUCAGGCUGCUGCAGUUUGUGACGGGGACCUCCAGUAUUCCCUACGAGGGUUUCUCCUCUCUCCGAGGCAGCAACGGACCCCGCAGGUUCUGUGUGGAGAAAUGGGGUAAAGUUACCUCUCUACCCAGGGCUCACACCUGUUUCAACCGGCUGGACCUCCCCCCAUAUCCCUCAUUCUCCAUGCUGCACGAGAAGAUGCUCACUGCCGUGGAGGAGACCAGCACCUUCGGCCUGGAGUGAUGACCCCUAUCACCUUUAACCUUUAACCCCCCCACUCCUCCUACGACCUUUGACCCUGACCUCUGAACUGUAGUAUCACAGAGGUAGAGGAACCCAAGGGGUUCAAGGGGAUGACUGUCUAGUCUGUCUGGCACCCUAUUGUAUCUUUAUACACACUCACUUUAUACACACUCACCUUCCUGAAGUGAGCUGAACAGAGGAGAAUAGACUGAUGUCUAUCAGAGGGUAUCAACCCCGCACAACGCCAGGGUUUCCCUGUGACGGUUAAGGUCACUUAGACACACUGCCAACACAAACCAAAGGAGAGCACCCUAACCCUCACACCCUUGUUACUCCAUUAGACCAAUGGGAGAGAUGGACUCGUAAGCCUCCAACCAAUCGCAAUGAAGGAACAAAAACCAAGACUUGGAGUGAGACUCCAACUGGCUCAUCACAUUUUAAUAUUUAAAAUGUGGAUUUCCAGUGGAGUCUCGUAAGGAAGUUGGUGGUCGAGCUUUUCCUGAAGAGGAAAGUAAACAAAGCUGCUUUAUCUCUGAGAGGCUGAGGCGGACAUCACAGGACAUCGCUCCUCUCAGAGAGGCUGAGGCGGACAUCACAGGACAUCGCUCCUCUCAGAGAGGCUGAGGCGGACAUCACAGGACAUCGCUCCUCUCAGAGAGGCUGAGGUGGACAUCACAGGACAUCGCUCCUCUCAGAGAGGCUGAGGCGGACAUCACAGGACAUCGCUCCUCUCAGAGAGGCUGAGGCGGACGUCACAGGACAUCGCUCCUCUCAGAGAGGCUGAGGCGGACGUCACAGGACAUCGCUCCUCUCAGAGAGGCUGAGGCGGACGUCACAGGACAUCGCUCCUCUCAGAGAGGCUGAGGCGGACAUCACAGGACAUCGCUCCUCUCAGAGAGGCUGAGGCGGACAUCACAGGACAUCGCUCCUCUCAGAGAGGCUGAGGCGGACAUCACAGGACAUCGCUCCUCUCAGAGAGGCUGAGGCGGACAUCACAGGACAUCGCUCCUCUCAGAGAGGCUGAGGCGGACGUCACAGGACAUCGCUCCUCUCAGAGAGGCUGAGGCGGACGUCACAGGACAUCGCUCCUAUGAAGAGGUGUGUUGCUCCUGGAGAGGGGGAUGAGAGGAGAGAGAAAGAAGACAAGACAGGUGUUGUUCAUCUGCUGUGGCCACGCCUCCUGCCCUGUCAGAGAGAGAAUCAACCAAUCAAGGUCCAGGCAGCUUUGUGACCUGACCUUGUUGAACACUCUGACAGGUGUGUUCUAGAACAGAACACUGAAGUAGCCUAUCAUGAUGCGGUGGUGUCUGUGUGGUGAAGCUAAACUUGGAUAUCUCUACAGGCUUUUCAUCUAUCCGCAAAAUGUAUUUUGUAACGGCCACAAACAAUGAUAUGGUUUUGAAUGUACUGACGUUUUUGUACGUAGCUCGAUGACUUGUCAAAUCAAAAUGGCUGCCUCAUUCUUAACAAACGUCAGGGGAAGCUAUUAGCAUGAAUAACCAAACUCAGCUACGGUUUGUUAGAUAAAGACAUUACAGUGAGUUGGCUUUCCCAUCAUGUGAGACACACGCUCACACACUCUCUUUCAGCUGUUUUCAUUGUUUGUUAGUAUUUUGAUCGUCAUCGUUGCUUUAUCAUUGAACUACACUGCCAGAGUAGAGGGGGAUCUGAACUUUUAAAAUCCGUCAUGUUUGUUAGUUGAGCUUGUUUUCAACUUGCUUCUACUUUUUAUCCUUCUGUACAUUAUCCUGAUUGCCACCUAAUUUAAUAAGCUGUUUUGAUCUGUUCCUAUUUUAAUAGUGGUUGGGACCCUGAUGUAGCCUCAUACACUGUACAGUUCUAUGUCAAGACUUGGGAUUGUGACACAAUGACAGAUGUUCCUAUGACCAUGAUAAUGAAAGUAAAAUAUGGUGAUUAACAACCUGCAUGUCGAGACACACACACAGGCCUACAUCAUGCAAUUAUAAUAUGAUCUGUGUGUGGAUGAUGGUAAGGUGAAGGGACAUUUAUAGCUUUAUAGAGACUCAUGACAGAGAAGUUGUCAUACACAAGUACAGAUGCCCAUUGUAUGCUAUUACACUGCCUGUUUUGACUGAUGGGGGAAAUGUUGGUUUUCAAGUGAGGGAAGAAAAUGUGCUUUUUAUAGACGUAUCUACAGUACUAGGAAGUUUUAAGACGAGGAGUAAUGAGAAUAUGAAGGAAGAGUCAUAGAAACAGAAACACGUAAACGUUUUUCAAUGUUUUGUUUUGUGUGCUCACUUGAUACUCUACCUUAGUCUGCCUUCUGAUACCACCAUAUUCUACUCUCAGGGUGCGUUCCAGGUGGUCUUUAUUGCAGUCGCGCUGCUGCUGAGCAUUUUACACGAUUUACUAUAUUGUAUGUAUAUCAUAUUAACGUGGUUCCUGAGAGUUAACAACUUUUCCAGACGUUGUGAGGGACUAUCAUCUGAGCAAUGUGUCGACUGCAAUAACGAUGACAUGGAACGCGCCCAAUGUCUUUGUUUCAUAGAUGUGACCCCACCCAGCCACCGUCACAUCCCCUGAGACUGUGGAAUGUAGCUAACAGAAUGGAAGGGACUGAAAUAGAACAACUUCCUGCAAUCUCUUCCAUCAUCCUUGGGCCAGUGAGAGACUGAGGGCAGAUUAUUACAUGUUUUUUUUUUUUUUUUUUUUUGGGGGGGGGGAUUAUUUAAGAUACUGUUUGAAGAGGUAGGGUUUCAGAUGUUUUCGGAAGAUGGGCAGUGAAUCUGCUGUCCUAGAUUCUGGAGGAAGCUGGUUCCACCAUCGGGGUGCCAGGAUAGAGAAGAGCUUGGCCUGUGCUGAGCGGGAGCUGCCCUCCCAUAGGGGUGGGAGGGCCAAGAGACCUGAGGUGGCAGAACAGAGUGCUCGGGUU